GCGGGAGGCGGCGGCGUAACGCCCCGCCGCUUUGUCCGCCGCGCCGCCGGCGGGAGCCGCUCGUCCCGGCGUGGGGGCUGAGCCGACUGCCUGGCCAGGAUGAGCUGGAGCUUCCUGACGCGGCUCCUGGAGGAGAUCAACAACCACUCAACCUUCGUGGGCAAGAUCUGGCUCAGCGUCCUCAUCAUCUUCAGGAUUGUGCUGACGGCCGUGGGGGGUGAGUCCAUCUACUACGAUGAGCAGAGCAAGUUUGUCUGCAACACGCAGCAGCCAGGCUGCGAGAACGUCUGCUACAAUGCCUUCGCCCCACUCUCCCACGUCCGCUUCUGGAUCUUCCACAUCAUCAUGGUGGCCACCCCCUCGGUGCUCUACCUGGGCUUUGCCAUGCACCGCAUUGCCCGUAUGCCCGAGUCCUCACGGCGCCGGGCGCCGGCAACUCAGCGCAGCCGCAUGCCAGUGGUGCGGCGCGGAGCCGGGCGGGACUAUGAGGAGGCGGAGGACGAUAAUGAAGAGGACCCCAUGAUCUUCGAGGAGAUUGAGGUGGAGAAGGAGAAGGGCACCGAGGGCGGCGAGAAGCACGACGGUCGGCGCCGCAUCAAGCAGGAUGGGCUGAUGCGUGCCUAUGUGCUGCAGCUGCUGUGCCGCAUGCUGCUGGAGUCAGCCUUCCUCUUCGGGCAGUACCUGCUGUUCCGCUUUAAGGUCAGCCCCUCCUACGUGUGCAGCCACAGCCCCUGCCCGCACAUGGUCGACUGCUUCGUCUCGCGCCCCACGGAGAAGACCAUCUUCCUGCUCAUCAUGUACGCCGUCAGCGGGCUCUGCCUCUUCCUCAACAUCUGCGAGCUCCUGCACCUGGGCGUGGGGCGCAUCCGCGAUGCGCUGAGCCAGCCCAACAGCCCACCUGCCAGCAGCCCCGCACCGCACUACGCCAAGAAGCCUCCUAGUGCACCGCCCACCUACCACUCUCUGAAGAAGGAGCCGCUGAAAGCCCCGCUGCCUGAUGGCAAGCUAGACUACCGGGAGAACCUGGCCAACUCGGCCGCCGAGCGCUUCGCCCUGGCUGGCGCUCCCCGUGAGCACGAGCUGGAGCGGCUGCGUGAGCACCUGCGCUUGGCUCAGGAGCACCUGGAGAUGGCCUUCCACCUGCAGCCGCCCCCCCGGCCUCCCAGCCCCUCACGCAGCAGCAGCCCCGAGGCCAACGGCAUGGCUGCCGAGCAGAACCGCCUCAACCUGGCACACGAGAAGGGUGGCGGCUGCGAGCGCAGCACAGGGCUGUGAGUGAUGAGGACGGACGGUGCAGGACAGUGGUGUGACACAGCGUGGGACGGUGACAUGUAUCUGCCCAGUGGGGCUACUCGGGGCGUCUCCAUCCCGGUGGGCAGCAAUGGGGACAGGGGCUUGGGGAACCUUCCUUCACUGUUCUUAAUUUUUUUUUUUAAAAAAAGGAAUAUCUUAUUUUUGUACAUUUUUAUAAACUCAGCAGCGUGCACCCUGGCAUUUUUAUACACCCCUCCCGAUUCCCACUCUGAGCCCACACCUUCCCUCCCUGUCUCCUGUUGUAUCCUCACGUCCCUCCCCACGCCCUGUGCCUGCAGCACCUCUGACUCGUGCCUCCCCUCCACUCUGUGCACGUGUGGGUUAUGACAGCAGUAAGGAUGCUCACUCACACUGCACCCAGGUCUGGCUGGUGAGGCUGCAACACAGGUUGGCACUGAGCCUGAAGUAGAGGUGACAGCAGGGAUCCGUGAGAGACGUAUCCCGCUGGCACCACUGCUGGGGUGUGCCCAUAUAGCGAGCACACGUAGGUUGCACAGGGCCCCUUUCAGCUCCCCUCUCCAGGCUGCUCUUUUUAGGGAGCACAGGGGUCUGUGUUUGUCCUUCCCAUCUCCUCCACUUCCCUGGAAGCAGCUCUGCUUGGGCUUUGGACCAAAGCCGAUCCUCUCCAGCCUGGUGUGGGGCUGGGAGCCCUGCGUGGGUCUGUGCAGUGCCCAGAGCGGGUCGGUGGGGAGGCACUUGGGCAUUCUGAUCAUCUCAUGGGUCACGCGGUGAAUUUUGUAGCAUUGUUUCGUACUUGGAUAAUCGUGACUUUUUUUUUCCUUUUUUAAUUUUUUUUUUUAUAUCUAUAUUCAGUAAAG